AAGAAGAAGAUGUGAGUCUGUGGUACACUCCAGUCCUGAAGGUGGCGAUAUAGCACCUAAAACCAACCGCCAUUAAAUCUCAAGAAGAAGAAGCAGAAAAAGAAGCAGAAGAAGAAGAAGAGCCUGAUCAUGCUAACAUCUUCAGAAUGGGUACUCAAGUGAAAGAUGUCCUCAUCAAGCCUGAGGCUCCCAGCUCACUGCUGCUGGACAAACAUGCAGACUACAUCGCUGCCUACGGCUCCAAGAAGGAUGACUAUGAGUACACGCUGUCGGAGUACCUGAGGAUGAGCGGCAUCUACUGGGGGCUGACGGUGAUGGACCUGAUGGCGGAGCUGCCUCGGAUGAACCGGCAGGAGAUCAUAGACUUCAUCAAAGCCUGUCAGCACGAGUGUGGAGGCCUCAGCGCCAGCAUCGGACACGACCCCCACCUGCUCUACACCCUCAGCGCCGUCCAGAUCCUCUGCUUGUAUGACAAUGUGGAUGCGCUUGAUGUGGACAAAGUAGUGGAAUACAUCAAAGGGCUGCAGCAGGAAGACGGCUCAUUUGCAGGGGACAAAUGGGGGGAAAUAGACACAAGAUUUUCCUUCUGUGCUGUCGCCACACUUGCAUUACUGGGCAAGAUGGACUCGAUAAAUGUUGACAAAGCUGUAGAGUUCGUCUUGUCCUGUAUGAACUUUGACGGAGGUUUUGGCUGCAGACCUGGUUCAGAGUCUCAUGCUGGUCAGAUCUACUGCUGCUCUGGCUUCCUGUCGCUCACCGGUCAGCUGCACCAGGUGAACGCUGACCUGCUGGGCUGGUGGCUCUGCGAGAGGCAGCUGCCGUCCGGAGGCCUCAACGGACGACCGGAGAAGCUUCCAGAUGUGUGCUACUCGUGGUGGGUUUUGGCGUCGCUGAAAAUCAUCGGUAGGAUCCACUGGAUCGACAAGGCCAAGCUGCGAUCGUUUAUUCUGGCCUGUCAAGACGAGGAGACCGGAGGUUUUGCUGACAGACCGGGAGACAUGGUGGAUCCUUUUCACACUCUGUUCGGAGUUGCAGGUCUCUCCCUUCUCGGAGACGAACAGAUCAAACCAGUGAAUCCUGUUCUGUGCAUGCCUGAGGAUGUCUUGGAGAGGAUCCACCUACAGCCUGACCUCCUCAGCUAGUCACCAUCAUCCCACCACACACACACACACACACACACUCACACACACUCACACACACACAGCUGCCCUGCUGAACAGCCCAACUACCACGACUGGAUGUCGGAGGACCACCACACAUCUUAGUGUUAGCUGAAGUCUACAGACACAUUUUAGAUGCAGGUUUUGGUCUCCGCUGACUAAGGACAAAAAUAGUUGCGCAGCUCUGACUUGAUUCCUUUGAGUCCGUCUUUACACCCUCAACCACUCAUUAUAUCAAGUCACUGUUGUUGGUUUUACUGCAAGAGAACGUUUUGGAUAAGAAAUGUUUUGAAGUGUGACUGUCGUUGCUAAAGCCCAGAAAUCAUUAAACAACAUUCCUUAGCUUUUUGACUUACUCACCAUGUCACUUUGUCUGAGGGUAAACGUGACCGAUAGCAAACUGUGUCAGGAAGUUCUUACUCUACUUAAUUAUUGGCCAGAGACAUAAGACUGAGGCACUGAUUGGCUCUGCUUCUUCAUGUGUAAGACACUUGACUUGUUUAAAGACACCACAUCUUUGUUUUUCUCGUUUUGUUGGAGGGUUCUGCCUUUUUCACGCACCCUACUCUUUCAAAUAAAAUAACUUCCGUAUUUGAAAAGUCAGAGCAUGUGAAGGGCGAACUAUCCUCGUCCUGUUUACACUAGCGCAAUCAUACUUCCAACGUGCUAAUAGGUCAGAACUGGAGAUGCAACACAUGACUUGUUGCAAACAAAAAUAGUUUUAUUAAAAUAACUCCAGUUUACAGUCCAGGCAGAACAUGUGUUUGGCAGGAAUUUGAGGAAGGGGCAGUGUUUUGUUUGUGACACCCAGAGGUCAAACACAUGGCAGCGUCGUUGUCUCUUGCCAAGUUUAUUUAACGUCUUAUCCACAGUUUCAGCUAUUCAUUUAAAAUCUGUGUUACUCAGCUUUGUGAUGCAGCUGUGGGCAGAGGGAUUAGAUUAUCCCCCUAACUGUGAGUAAAAUCAUUAAAUAUUUCCAGUCUUACGCUUUGAUGAUUCUCAAGCGUCUUUUUACAUGUACUAAUUUGGUUAAAACUCUUUUUUUCUUUUUCUUUCAAGAAUAACUGAUCUUUAUAUUGCUGCACUCUUGUCUUACUGAAUGCAAAUUUUAUCUGUUGUUAGAUAACUGUUCAGUGUUGACAUUGUUACAGAAGGUAAAUAAAUCACAUGUUUUAAUUUGUUAGUUUUCAGGUUGUCCCCAAUUUAAGUGACUGCUAUCUGAAUAUGAAUUGACAUUGUUAUGCAAAAUGAAUGCAGUCAUUACUCAAACAAAAGCCUAGGGUAUAAAUCACAGUUCUCAUGGAAAUUGUGCUGCUUAAAGAUGAUUCAAAUCUUAAAAACAACUCAGACUGUUAAAUGUUAAACUACUAAGUCUCAUCUUUGUAUUGUGGGGGCAGCUCUAAUUCAAAAAGCUGCUGUUGCACAACUUGAUGUGUGUAUAUUAAUGUAACUUAUUUGUUAUCUUGGUUGGAAAUAAAUGUAUGAUUUCCCCCCUCAA